CAGGAAGUUACAGGAAGUUACUCGCAAGUGUUCGGUGCCGUAGGCCAGACAUGGUUCGAAGUGAAGGGUGAGCUGCAGACUGGCGGUGGAGCCCUGUCGCGUUGUUUCACGUCACAUACUCGUUUUUAAAAUGAGUGCAGCAGAAGGCGCGUGUUUUAACGGCGAGACCGCGGAAGAGGCCAUUUCAAUACACAACUUCUCGGAGAAGAUCCUGGAACAGGCCGUUCACUUCCAUGUGAUGAAGAUGAGAGGGGGGUUCUUCCUGUGGGUCGGAUCCGCUCCCCUGCUCGCCAACCUGGCCGUGUCGAUGAGCAGCAGAUACGAUUCAAUGCCUCUGUCCACAUUGCUGUUGGGAGACCCCUCGGACACCACCUCCAGCUCGCUGGCACAGAGACUGGCCAAGAAAACAAAAAAGCAGGUGUUUGUCAGCUACAGUCUUCCAAGCACAGACUCUAAUCUCAUUUUACUAGUGGAAAAGAGAAUAAAGAAAGAAAUGGAACUUUUUCCGGAGAAAUUUUAGCUUUUUUGCAUUUUUUGUAUAAAA